GUAGGGUAAAUACUAAAAAGUAAAUACAAAAUAAUAAAAAAGAGUAAUUGGGCAGGUAGGCCGUAGUUUCUGUAAAUAGUAAAUAAAUACUUAAUUCUAGUAACUACUAACUGUGGUAAUAAGUACUAGACACUGUAUUAAGUUGUUAACAAAAAUUCCAAAACUAGCAAUAUUACGUUAAAUACCUGAAGGAGAAAAGUAGAUGUAACAUCUGCAAAAUGACUAGCACACAGUCCUACAAUAAUGAAAAAGUGGUUACUGGUGAGGUGGAAUAUCCUGCUAAUGAUCCAGCAUCUGGAGCCUUCUUCCAACCCGAUUACAAAAAAAAUGAUGACUUGAAAUUGAUGCUUGAUGGCUCCAAAGACUCACUGAAGUUAGAAGCCAUGAAGAGAAUAAUUGGAAUGAUUGCUAAAGGGAGAGAUGCUUCGGAUUUAUUUCCUGCAGUUGUGAAGAAUGUAGUGUCCAAAAAUAUUGAAGUGAAGAAGUUGGUUUAUGUGUAUCUUGUAAGAUAUGCUGAGGAGCAACAGGAUCUAGCAUUGCUGUCAAUUAGCACAUUUCAAAGGGCACUGAAGGAUCCAAAUCAAUUGAUUCGAGCAAGCGCCCUGAGAGUGCUCUCUUCCAUCCGAGUGCCAAUGAUAGUUCCAAUAGUGAUGUUGGCUAUACGUGACUCCUCCAGUGACAUGAGCCCCUACGUGAGGAAGACCGCCGCACACGCCAUACCCAAACUAUAUAGUCUGGACCCAGAACAAAAAGAGGAGUUAGUGUCCAUUAUAACGAAGCUUUUAUCUGAUAAAGCUCCUCUGGUGGUGGGCUCUGCAGCCAUGGCAUUUUCUGAAGUUUGCGGAGACCGGAUCAACUUAUUACAUAGUAGCUAUAGAAAGUUAUGCGGGCUACUAUUGGACAUAGAUGAGUGGGGGCAACUGGCAUUACUUAAUGUCCUUACAGUGUAUGCACGGACUUGCUUCCCAGAUCCCAAUCAUCACGAUUGCUCUGGUGAAAGUGAAGGCGAGAAACCGUUUUACGAUUCGGAUAGUGAUGCGACCGAUAAGGGUGGCCGUAAGAGGUCCCGAUCGCCCAGCGUGGACCCUGACCUUCGCCUGCUGUUGAGGGUCGCCAAGCCCCUGCUGCAGAGCAGGAACGCUGGGGUUGUGAUGGCGGUCGCCCAGCUCUACUACCACUGUGGCCCUGUUCAAGAGCUGGGUCCAGUGGCCAAGUCCAUGGUGAGAUUGUUACGAGCGCCCCCUGAAGUCCAGAGCGUUGUUCUGACCUGCAUAGCUUCACUCACCGUCACGCAGAGGUCAAUAUUCGAGCCAUUCCUCAAGUCGUUCUUCGUGAGGAACUCAGACCCGACCCACAUCAAGCUCCUCAAGGUGGAGAUUCUGACCAACCUGGCCACGGAGUCCACGGCGCCCGUGGUGCUGCGGGAGUACCAGACCUACGUGACGGCCAGCGACAAGGUGUUCGUGGCCGCCACCAUCCAGGCUAUCGGCCGGCUGGCUGUCACGAUACAGGCCGAGACCGAAACCUGUCUGAACGGGCUGCUGCAUCUGCUGUCCAGCAAAGAUGAGAACGUGGUUUGCGAGGCUGUGGUGGUGGUGAAGCGAGUGGUGGGGGGCGCCGCACAGUCGGCCGCAGCAGCCGUGUCGCGCGCGGCCGCCCUGCUGCGCUCCGACAGGUUGGCGGGAGCAGCGCGAGCGGCCGCCGUGUGGCUGGUGGCGGAGCACGGCGCCCAUCACCCUCGCGCCGCAGCCGUGCUGGCUCACACGCUGCACACCUUCGCCGACCAGGAGGAGCUAGUGAAGCUGCAGCUGCUGUCUCUGGCCGUGAAGCUGUCGUUGACGCAGCCGGACACGCGGCCCAUGUGCUCGUACGUGCUGUCGCUGGCGCGCUAUGACGCCAGUUACGACGUACGCGACCGAGCGCGUCUUCUGCGCAAGUUCGUGGAGCCUAGCGGGAGCUCUGUACUCGCCAGUCACGCCACCUACAUCUUCUGUCCAGAUAAACCCAAGCCGACUAUACAGAGCAGUUUUCAGUACCGCGGCCAGUUCACCCUGGGCUCACUGUCGCAGUACGUCGGCGCGGCGGCGGCGGGGUACACCGCAUUACCGGCCGCGCCCGCUACGGCCGUGCCCCGUCCCGCGUCCCCCGCGACCGAAGCAGACCCCGCCCGGGACGAACAGAAGAACAAGAACUUCUACUCGGAGCCGGGCAGCGAGUCGGAGUCCGGUUCCACCUCAUCAUCGUCAGGGUCCUCCGACUCUGAGGAAUCUUCUGAUGAAGAAGAGGAAAAGAACUCCAACGACAAUGAAGGUCUGAAAACCAAUAAAGUGAAUAAUUAUAAGAGUGAGUCGGCCACGUCGCGCAGCGGGAGUGACACAGAGUCGGAAUCGGAGAGUGGGAGUGAGACAGAGAAUGACUCCGACGAGAAAGAGAGCGAGGUGCAGUCGAACCCGAAGCCCGUGGACAACAACGCGAAGUCCAACAUUGAACUACUGCUGGACUUGGAUUUUGAUGAUUCUGAUCACAAGUUGGCGUUGCCCACUCUAACGCCCACCGCUGGAGUAGCCCUGCCCACUCCUGUGCUGGGAUAUGGAGUAGAUUCCGGCAUAGCGGACGUGGGCCCGAGUGCGCCGUGCUCGUUCGCCAGCGAGGUGGUCUCUCGCGCCGUGUGGGGCGGAGUGUCCGCGCGCGCCUCGUUCCCGCGCACGCCGCACCUGCGGGCUCGCUCGCUGCUGGCCGUACAUCUGGAACUCACCAAUCACUCCGCGCGGGACGUUACCGGCAUCCGACUCAACAAGAAGACCUUGACGGGGUCCCGCAGCAUCGUUGAGUUCCCUCCCGUAGCCGUACUGGGCCCAGGCGCCACCACCACCGUGCUCCUGGGCGUGGACUUCACCGACUCCAUCCAGCCCGUUGAGUUCACCCUGCUCAGCUCUAUAGGUGAAGUAGGCGUGGUGAUAUCCCCGCCGGUGGGUGAGUUGAUGCGCUCGGUCACAAUGUCCCCGGAGAGGUGGGACCUCGAGCACAGGAAGCUGCGCGGUAUGACCGAGUGUAAGAAGAAAGCUCCGAAGUUGUCCGAUGACGUGAUGAUGUGCCUCCGAGUGUUUGAGACGGCCAACCUGGGACCCAUCGACUCCAGCCCGCCACUGCUCAAGUUUGCAGGUCGUAUGAUCUCAUCGCAAGAGCUGGUUCUACUGUCCGUCCAGAUCGGGGUGGAGGAGUGCACGGUGGUCGCCAACUGUUCCAACAUGGCCGUCGCCUCCCUACUCGCCAACGAAGUGGCCAACUCGUUCUCUAAGACUUAUUAGUACUGUAAAUAAAUCAUGUAUAUUC